GUGGUUAACCUUAAAAACAUAAACUACCGCGAAUUUGGAAUUUGGUGCGCGGUUAAAUUCAAGGUUGUUUAUUUUUCAAAUUCAAAGAAUUUUCAUGAAAAAUACUACUUGAACAAAGAAACAUGUCCAAAACGCCUAAAAGAAAAAGUCUUGGGGGGCAAACCAACACAUUAUUCAGUUACUUCAAGUCACCAAAGGUCGAGAAAAAAGAUGAACUUGUGAAAGAAACAUUGGAAGAAAAACCUAUUUCACCAGAAGAGAGUGAUGAUGAGGAAAUUGUGAAGAGUAGAAAACGAAAAAGAAUUAUCAUCCAUAGUGAUUCUGAAGAUGAAGGGGAAUCGGGAGGGAAAAAAGCACCUAAAAUUGAAAAAUUUGUCAGGAGAAAGUCAGAGGAGGAAUCAGAGGGUGUUGGCAAUGGUUUUAACGAUUCAUCUGAAAAUGAUGAUAAAACUCAUAACGGUAGUGAGAUGAAAGGAUCAUUGGAGAAAUUCUCCUUUGAAUAUAAUCAAACAGCAGACAAAAAUAAACCAACUGAUGAUAUUCUAAAAGAUUCUCAAAUAGCCAUGAAAAUGCCAGCAUCAUCAGAUGUAGUUGUCAGCAUCCAUAAUAACUGGAAACACAAUCAUCUCGCUUUCCUUCAACCAGACAAAAUAAAAGAUAAAAAUAAAAGACGUCCAGAUCAUCCUGAGUAUGAUAAUCGGACCCUUUUCAUUCCUGAUGACUUUCUGAACAAUCAAACACCAGCUAUGAGGCAGUGGUGGAUUCUUAAAAGUUCACACAUGGACACAGUCUUAUUUUUCAAAGUUGGAAAAUUUUACGAAUUAUAUCAUAUGGAUGCUGUUGUUGGAGUACAACAACUAGGUUUUUCCUAUAUGAAGGGGGAAUUCGCCCAUUCCGGUUUUCCUGAGAGUGCUUAUGCCAAAAUGGCAAGUAUAUUGAUAGAAAAAGGUUUUAAAGUAGCUAGAGUGGAACAAACAGAAACUCCAGAAAUGAUGGCUGAAAGGUGUAAGUUACAGAAGAAAACAACAAAGUAUGAUAAGGUCGUGAAAAGAGAAAUUUGCCAAAUAUCAACAAAAGCAACAUUGGUUUACAGUGCUCAAAUGCCUGAUGCCACUCAAGCGAUGUCAUCUUAUCUCUAUGCAAUCGCGGAAAAAAAGAUUCAGAAUGGUGUCAGAUUUGGAGUAUGUUUUGUUGAUACGUCAAUUGGUAUUUUCCAUCUUUCAGAGUUUGAAGAUGACAAACAUUGUUCAAGGUUAUUAGCACUCUGCGCUGAAUAUAAACCUGAAUUGAUUUUAGUAGAAAGAGGUCGACAGAGUUCUGUAGUAUCUGAAGUAUUUAACACUUACUUCAAAGAUAUAAGGAAAGAAAAUUUAGCACCAACCUCUCAAUUUUUAACAGCUGAUAAAACUCUAGAAAGUCUUUCAACAGGCCCAUACUUUAAAGAUAAAUCAGGACAAUUCGCUUGGCCGCAAAUCUUCUCAGAAGUAGCCGAGGAAUGUAUUCCUAAAUCUGAAUAUGAAUUAACUCUUAAGUGUUUAGGAGCUUGUCUGUGGUAUUUGAGGGAUUCGGAGUUGGAUAUUCAUGUUUUUUCAAUGAAACAGUUCAAAAUGUAUACUCCGAAAGACUUAGAAACUAAUCAUAAAGUAAUCCAGAGGGACUAUAUGGUUUUAGAUGCGGUAUCAAUGGAUAAUUUGAAUUUACUUGGAGGACAAGGAUCAUUGCAAAAAAAUAUCGAUUACUGUGAGACCCCAUUUGGCAAAAGACUUUUACACCAAUGGAUUUGUCGACCACUGUGCGACGUUGAUAAAAUAAAAGAAAGGCAAACUGCAGUGAAAGAACUGGCUUCAAACACAGAUUUCUUGAAACCUGCCCAGGAAAUUCUCAAAAAAUUGCCUGAUUUAGAGAGACAAAUUGCAAAAAUUCACAUCUAUGGAAAUAAAUAUUGCGCCGAAAAUCAUCCUGAUGGCCGUGCAAUAUUUUAUGAAUCUAAGACUUAUACGAAAAGGAAAAUUCAUGACCUCUUGAACACACUCAGAGGUUUCGAGAGUGCCCAAGGUCUCACAGAUAUCUUCAAGGGUUGUGAGUCAAGAUUAUUGAAAAAAAUCACUCAAACAGGGGCAUCAGGGAUGUAUUUAGAUUUGAGUGAAAGCUUGCAGUUUUUCCGAGAAGCAUUCGAUCAAGAGAUGGCCAGUAAAGAUGGUGUUAUAAUACCAAAAGCUGGUGUUGAUGAAGAUUACGAUGCAGUUAUGGAUAAAAUCGCAAAUAUUCAGAAAUCUUUGGACAAGUAUCUGAAGGAGCAAGAGAAAUAUUUUGGUUGUAAAAUUUCCUAUUUUGGAUCUGAUAAAAAAAGGUUUCAGUUAGAAAUACCUGAUACUCACACAAGAAAAGUAACCAGUGAUUAUCAACUGGAGGGAACAAAGAAAGGAAAUAAACCCUGUAAAAGAUACCAUACUGAAGAAACACGAGGUUUUCUUAGUGCUAUGUUGAAAGCUGAAGGUGAAAAAGCAAAAAUCAUACAGGAUUUAAAUAGGAGAAUUUUUGAGAAAUUUUCCCAAAGGUACAGUGAAUGGGAGCAAGUAACCCACUGUAUAAUGUACCUGGAUGUUCUUUGCUCUAUUGCUACUUACUCCACGUUGUCUAGUCAUGCAGUUUGUUUGCCUGAAAUUCGACCGUUCCACGAUAAAAGUAUGAUAUGCAUCAAGAAUGCAAGGCAUCCUUGUAUCACAAAUAUAGAGAAUUUCGUACCUAACGAUAUAUCUAUGAACUGUGAUGAUAAAGCUGGUUUGGUCUUGAUCACUGGACCCAAUAUGGGUGGUAAAUCGACUCUAAUGCGACAGGUUGCUGUGAUAGCUGUGAUGGCACAAAUGGGUGCCUUUGUGCCUGCAGAAGAAUGUACUUUGAAUCUUGUGGAUCGUGUUUUUACUAGAUUGGGAGCGCACGAUAAUAUUAUCGGAGGGCAGUCUACGUUCUUUGUGGAGCUAUCUGAGGCUUCCUCAAUUUUACAGCAUGCUUCCCCACAUUCCCUGGUGCUGUUGGAUGAACUUGGCAGAGGUACUUCUACUCAUGAUGGAAAUGCUAUAGCAACUGCUUACGUUAAAAAGCUUCUACAAAUCAAUUGCCGAACCCUCUUCUCAACGCAUUAUCACACACUAGUGGAUCAUUUCGUCAAUAGGACUGAUGUACAGCUGGGUCAUAUGGCUUGUAUGGUGGAAAAUGAUGAAGAUCCGACGCAAGAAUCUGUGGUUUUCCUCUAUAAGAUGGUUGAAGGCAGAUGUCCGAAAUCGUAUGGAUUCAACGCAGCUCGUCUUGCUGGUUUGAAACAUUCCAUAGUGUCUAGGGCAAGGGAGAUCGCAAAGGUUCUGGAAAAUCAAAGUAAAGGCCGUGAUAUUUUCAGGAAGAUCUUCUGUACUUCCGAACCGACUAACUUAAGAAUGUUGAUUUCCUAUUUGAAAAAUCUGAAGUUUUAACAUAUUAUAUUGUUUUUUUUUCUUCUAUAUUUUCGAGUAGAUGAACGUCUUUAUAAAUUUGUUCGUUAUAUUUGUUACCAAUGAAGUUAAAUGGCCGUAUGGAAUGAUAUUUUAUACUGGAGUAUAGUGAAAAUAUUAAGAAAGUUUUUUUCUUCAAUUUUGAUAUAUACUUACUUUCGAUAUUGAAAACAUCUCUGAUUCUUGUUUUACCAAUUCUAAUCUGUUGUUACUGUUUGUAAGUGUUAACAUUUACAAGUAACCCCUAACAGUAUUAAUAGGUUUCAUAAAAUAUAAAGUUUAUAUGCAUCA